UCGCGGGGCGGCCGGGCCGGGAUCGCGCGGCCGGGCACCGAGGGAGGGAGGGAGGCCCGGGCUUGGUCGCGUGCUCUCCCGGGCCUCGGGUUCGUAGCGGAAGCCGUGGUGGUGACAGCCAGGCUUGUGCACAGAUGCACGUGACUUGGGCCUUUCGUCUGCAGGCCUGUGGGGAAAGAAUCACCUUGGGAUACGCGCGGAUAGUCACCAUCUCAGGCGGAAAAAGUCACUGAUGCAGUGGUCUGGAAUAGUCAAAUUGUCUCUUUUUAAGAACGGGUAGUUUUAGCUCUUAAAGAUAUCUUAGAAAUCACCCUUACAAGCCCAGCUCCUUCAUUUUAUGAUAAGGAACACACUAAGAUUUCGUGCCGAGCUGGUCGUAGAGCCUUGGUCUCCUGUCGCAAUCCCAGGGUUGUCUCUUCAUCCCAGGAGAUACUGCCUUUCUGUGUUUUAGAAUUUCCCUCCCUUCUUGUUGAACCUAUACAAAUGUUUUUAAUCCACAUGUGUUUCAUUUUGUAGAAAGAAGAAGUUGUCUAAACGAAUAACAUGAGGCCAAAUAGAAUCUCACUUUUGGUUAUUGUAAGUCAAGAAAGUAGAAGUAAACCAUUGCAAUCUUUGACUUGAGGUAUCCUGUGUUUUAUUAUUUGCAACACCCAGUUUUCCUUAUACUCAUAAUGUCGGAAGGGAAAUCUCCUGACAAUAAAAGGCCUCGUAGAAGCUUAUCAAUCAGCAAGACUAAAAGAAAAUCAUCUAAUUCUAUAAUUUCAUUUUUUAACAAUGCACCACCUGCUAAACUUGCAUGCCCCAUUUGUAGUAAAAUGGUGCCAAGAUAUGACUUGAACCGGCACCUUGAUGAAAUGUGCACUAACAAGGAUGAUGUUCAAGUUGAUCCAGUGCACGUUGGCUUAAAGAAUUCAAAUAUGUCCACAGUAGAUUUAACCACUGUUGUCUUAGAAGAUGCAACACCAAAAAAGUCAUCACCACGAAAGACAGAUUUAAUCCCUGGCCAAAGUGAUUCAGCAAAAAUGGCCAUAAAACAGAAGAGCAGUCCCUACUUUAAAAGUACUGGUGGCCUGGCGUGCAAGAAUCAAGAUGAGCUGAGAAAUCAUAGUGUGAAAAUAAUUUCUUUGGGAAGCCUGUCAUCUAAAUUGUCCAGAAAAUACACAAAGGCUAAAAAAUCAAUAGAUAAGAAUGAGGAAUUUGCCAGUCCUAGUCCACAGAGUUAUGACUCCACAGUUGUCAGGAGCCUGGUUGAUAACUGUUCAGAAAUUGAGGACACGGAUCAAAUUUUGGAAAACAGUUCUCAAAAGGAAAACAUGUUUACGUGUGAUUCUCCAAAGGAAGAGAAUAUUCCUGAACACAUAGUAAGAGGCAGUAAAAUAAAGGAAGUGGAAAGCCAAAAGGAAUGUGGGAAAUCAGCCCUCACCUCUGACUUCUCAGAUAAUAGUCCUUUGUUAUUUUCACUAGAUUUAACUCUUGGGAAUAAAUUAAAGUCUACUUCAGAAGACAGUCUUGUAAGGCAAGAGAGUAUCAAAGGUGCAGAUAGUAAAGGUGUUGAAAAGUGUGAGGCAUGUAGUUGUGAAGAAGUAAAAAUGACUGUUGCUUCAGAAGCUAAAACACACUUGUCACAUUCAGAGGCGAGCUCUCAUAGUUCUACAAAUGAUGCUUCUAAAUGGAGUAACACCCAAGAGCUUCCUCUGAAAGGUGACAAUGACUUAAAGAAUGAAAUCACUUGCAGUAUUCCCCUGUUGCAAGAGUCAAGCUGUGAUGGUCCUGGUCAAACAACUCAAAUGCCACCGAGUCAUCCAUACUACCUUCGGAGCUUCCUUGUGGUGCUGAAAGCUGUACUUGAGAAUGAAGAUGACCUGAUGCUCUUUGAUGAACAGGAGAAGGGAAUUGUAGCUAAAUUUUAUCAAUUGUCAGCGAAUGGUCAGAAGUUAUAUGUAAGGCUCUUUCAACGUAAAUUAAGCUGGAUUAAGAUGAAUAAAAUAGAAUAUGAAGAGAUUGCCCCAGACUUAACACCUGUGAUUGAAGAAUUGAAGCAUGCAGGCUUUCUACAGACAGAAUCUGAGUUGCAAGAACUCUCUGAAGUGCUUGAGCUCCUUUCUGCUCCUGAACUAAAAUCCCUGGCCAAGACCUUCCACUUGGUGAAUCCCACUGGGCAGAAACAGCAGCUGAUGGACGCCUUUCUCAAAUUGGCCAAACAGCGUUCAGUUUUCAUGUGGGGCAAGAAUCAGCCUGGAAUUGGUGCAGUGAUUUUAAAAAGAGCUAAAGACUUGGCUGGACAGUCAUUAAGACUCUGUAAAGGUCCGAGGGCUGUGUUUUCCCGGAUCUUGCUGCUGUUUUCAUUGACGGACUCAAUGGAAGAUGAAGACGCUGCAUGUGGGGGUCAGGGACAGCUUUCCACGGUACUGUUGGUCAACCUCGGCCGAGUGGCAUUUCCUAGUUACACAAUCAGUCGGAAAACCCAGAUCUUCCAAGACAGAGAAGAUCUUAUCAGAUAUGCAGCAGCUGUGCACAUGCUGAAUGACAUUUCUACUGCAAUGGCCAAUGGGAACUGGGAAGAGGCUAAGGAGCUCUCUCAAUGUGCAAAAAAAGACUGGAACAAACUGGAAAACCACCCUUCUCUGAGAUACCACAAGGACUUACCACUCUUUCUGCGGUGUUUUACUGUUGGGUGGAUUUACACGAGGAUUUUGUCUCGGACUGUUGAAAUACUGCAGAGAGUUCACAUGUACGAGGCUAUUAAGUGCAUCCUAGAAGGGCUGGCGGAUCCGGAAGUCAGGACAGGACACCGUCUUUCACUUUACCAGAGAGCCGUGCGCCUGCGGGAGUCUCCAAGCUGCAAAAAGUACAGGCACCUUUUCCAUCAGCUACCAGAAAUAACUGUGGAAGAUGUUAGGCAUGUGACCAUCACGGGCAGGCUGUGCCCGCAGCGUGGGAUGGGAAAGUCUGUGUUUGUGAUGGAGGCCGGGGCUGUUGCCGCCCCCGCCACAGUCCUGUGCUCCGUGGAGGAGCUGGCACUGGCCUAUUACAGACGCAGCGGCUUUGACCAGGGGAUUCAUGGGGAAGGGUCCACCUUCUGCACCCUGUGUGGCCUCCUCCUGUGGGAUAUAAUCUUCAUGGAUGGGAUACCAGACGUCUUCAGAAAUGCCUACCAGGCGUUCCCGCUGGAUUUGUGCACAGACAGCUUUUUCACAAGCAGGGCGCCCGCCCUUGAGGCCAGGUUGCAGCUGAUCCAUGAUGCUUCUGCGGAGAGCCUGCAAGCCUGGGUGGCGGCUGCGUGGAAGGCCCAGGAGGGCAGAGUGGCUUCUCUCGUCAGCUGGGAUCGCUUCACUUCUCUUCAGCAAGCUCAGGAUCUUGUCUCCUGCUUGGGGGGCCCUGUCCUCAGUGGCGUGUGCAGGCGCCUGGCUGCUGACUUUCGACACUGCCGAGGGGGCCUACCCGACCUGGUGGUGUGGAACUCCCAAAGCCAUCGCUGUAAGCUGGUGGAAGUUAAAGGCCCCAAUGAUCGCCUUUCGCAUAAGCAAAUGAUCUGGCUGGAUGAACUACAGAAGUUGGGGGCCGAAGUAGAAGUCUGCCAUGUGGUUGCAGUUGGAGCUAAGAGCAAAGGCCUUAGCUAAAUGCUAAGGAAUUGGGGAUAGAUGGUCAUACAAUGAUGUUCCCUACAGGAGAAAAUGGAAACGAGGAGGAGAGAAACUCUGGUGUCCCCGAGGUGUCCUGCGGGCCGCUGGCUCUGAAGUACAUCCUGCUCUGGCCCAGCUCUG